AUGGCGAACGAGGCACCGCAUGAUUUUCGUGACCAUGAAGCCCAUAUGAAAUGGCAGCUCGAUGCCGCUUCACAACGUGCCAAGCAGGUCCCUUUGAUUCCAGCUGAUCUAUCUGGGGGUUCCAAGCCGUCGUAUGAGGCUUCGGCCCUAGGAAAAUUCAUCGAGAACCCCUUCAUCCCGAUCGGAUUAAUUGCAACAACCGGAUGUUUAAUAGGGAUUAUGUCACAAACACUCAAAAGGAAUCCCGCCAAGGCUCAAUUGUAUAUGCGUGGCCGUUGUGCAGCGCAGUUCUUCACCGUAUGCGCUGUCGUCGGAGGCGCCUAUUUCUUCGGGUUUCGCGGUGCCCAGGUGCCCGGCCAGCCUGGCCAACCCCAUGGCAUC